AUGGAGAGAGGUCUCGUCAUCGGAAUUUGUUGGACUUUACUUCUGCCAAUACUAGUAAAUGGAAAGUUUCAGUUGAAAAAUGUCAUUUGCGAAUCCUUCGACGCUUCGAUUUCGGAUUUCAGCCGUUGCGAGAUGAAGAUUGUUUCCCGGGGCGUGGCGGCGUUUUUUAUGGUCUGGAGGCUUUACAAAAUCCCCAGCAACGUGGGCAUCAAUGUGUCGCUGUACAAGAAAUCCAAUGGAUAUCGACCACAUCUCUUCAAUCAAACCCUGGAUUUUUGUUACUAUAUGCGUAAUCCAAGAGCGCAUCCACUGAUUUAUAUGAUGCACAAGGUUUUUCUCUCCAACUCCAACAUGAAUCAUUCGUGUCCAUAUAAUCACGAUUUGAUUAUAAAUAAUUUUAUCUACAAGCAAAACGAUUUAAAGGAUCUACCCAUAUCCAAUGGAGAUUAUAUGAUACAAGUGAAGGUUGCAACGGAAAAGUCAUAUCGGGUAUCUAUAAAGAUUUAUGCAUCCAGAAAUGGGUAA